AUGUUGGAGCGAAUUCUCGGGCCCAGGCACGGGCAGCUGCUGAAGAACUGGAUUCCAACUAUCUCUACAUGGGGAGCAGUGGCUGGUGUACUGCCGGUCUACGUGACAGAUCGGAAUUUUAUAGUCAGCCGUAUCCCAUACAUAAAAGGAAAAUUCAAGAGUGAUUGA